UUACGCCGUGUUUGGAUAUUAGAAUCAAUUCGACAAAAUAAAAUUCCGUUACCUGACCUCACCAAACAGGCCUUGCCCUCAUUCCACAGUCUACACUCGAGACAUCCUCACUCAUUCGUUGGGAUGAUAGCUUGCAGCAGGUCUCUCACCAGAGUGGACCGAGUUCUCAAGUUUACCAAUACAUAUCUUGCGUCAAAUUCAAGGCCUACACGUUAUUACUUACAGCUGGGCCAAGGUGCUUAUCAUUGUUUAAGCUACAAUUUUAUGACGGGUGGUAGGAAGAAGAAAAUUUGUCUUGAAGACGAUAGCAUGAAACAGAAAAAAGUGAAUUCUAUAUGGAGACCAGUUGCCACUAAGGCCAGUGCUUGUGAAGAUCGAGGCACAGUUCAGGAAGCGGGCUGUAGCACAUCCACCACUGUUUCAAGUGAUCAUGUCAUGAAGGUAGCUGCUGAAGCUAUAGAUGAAAUUGCUAAAUCAGCUACAAGUUCAAGCCAAUUGCAGGAUAAUGUUGAAAACAGAGUGCUACAAGGAGAUUCCUCUGUCUCCUCUGAAAAGCAUGCAAUUUCUGUGCAGGUCGGUGCUUCUCUAUUUCGUUUUAUUAAAGGAAAAGGGGGAUCCACACAGAAAAGGAUAGAAGAGCAGAUGGGGGUUAAAAUAAUAAUACCUACUUCAAAAGAAGAGGAUUUCAUUUCCAUUGAAGGCAUUUCAAUCGACAGUGUGAAUUCAGCUUCGAAGAGGAUACAGGAUAUAAUUGAUGAGAGUGUUAAUAGUCGAAAUCUUGAUUAUUCACACUUCAUAUCCCUUCCACUGGCAAUUCAUCCUGAGUUAGUUAAUAAACUCAUUAAUUUUCAACACUCAAUUUUGGGAAAUGUUUCUUACAAGGAUGAGAGCACUGAUACUGAUUCCAAUGAAGAGGAGGGUACUACUGACCCCAAAGGUGUGGAUCAACUGCCAAAGGAAAAUGCUGGUGUUGCAGUUGAACUUAAAGUUGAUGAUAACAGUGAAUCAGUUAAAGUUAAUCUUUCCAAGAUACCCCUUGUCAGUUACAAACCUAAAGCAUCCAAGUCUUCUGCUUCAUCUGAUCUGGGUAUUGACAAAUCUAUAUUCAUCAAGCCUAAAACAUUUCACCUUACAGUACUGAUGCUUAAGCUAUGGAACAAAGAACGAAUUAAGACAGCCACUGAGGUCCUGCAGAGUAUCUCCUCGAAAGUUAUGGAAACCUUGGAUAAUCGGCCACUCUCUAUAAGAUUAAAGGGACUGGAAUGCAUGAAAGGCUCUUUGGCAAAAGCCCGUGUUCUGUAUGCUCCUGUGGAAGAAAUUGGCAGUGAGGGCCGUCUUUUACGUGCUUGUCAAGUCAUUAUUGAUGCAUAUGUUGAAGCUGGACUCGUCUUAGAGAGUGAUGCUAAAGACAAACUGAAGCUACACGCCACUGUGAUGAACGCAAGGCACAGGAAAAGGAAUAAGUGGAAAAGAAAGGUUGAUUCUUUUUAUGCACGAGGCAUAUUUGAGCAGUAUGGAUCGGAGGACUGGGGGCAGUAUCUUAUUCAUGAGGCUCAUCUUUCGCAGAGAUUUUCUUUCGACGAAAAUGGAUACUAUCAUUGUUGUGCUUCAAUUCCUUUUCCUGGAAAUGUGCAUGUGGAAUGAUUGAUGUUUUGUUCAUUAUUACCGCACUAUCUUUUAUGUGGAAUAAGGAUUUAAGUGGUAGUUUCAUGAAAUAUAUUAAACUUUCUACCAGUUAAAGAAAAUGCCUGCGGCUUAGAUCAAA